AUGUCAACCCGCACAGCCCCGGUCCCUGACCGCUUCGACUUUUCUGCCCCGCAGAAAUGGCCUCUGUGGCGAGAACGAUUCUCGACCUACCGCCUUGCUACCAAGCUUCACAAGGAAGAUGGUGAGGUCCAGGUAGCAGCUCUGAAAUAUGCGUUGGGUCCGGACGCUGAGCCUGUGUUCCUGCAGCUUCAGUUUGACGCAGACGCUGAUAAGAAAGACUUCGACAAAGUGCUCAAGAAGUUUGGUGACUAUUUCACCCCGAAGACGAACCUAUUCCACGAGCGGAUGGUGUUCGAGCGUGCAGCGCAGCGUCCAGGUGAGACGGUGGAAGAGUUUCUCCGUCGUCUGCACGUGAUAGCUGAGACAUGCGAGUUCGGAAAUAACAAAUCCGAUCGCAUUCGUGACCGUUUCGUUGCCACCCUGCUAGAUGAGAAAUUAGCAACGGACUUGCAGCUGACGGACAAUCUGACCUUGGAAAAGGCUACAGAGAAAGCUCGCGGGUACGAGCUCGUCCGCCAGCAAGUCGCCUCACAGCGCGGCCAUGCCAGUGCUACACCUGCGUCAGCCGCUGUCGCUGGUGCUUCUGCUGCUCCUCGUAAGAGCACAGGAUCGUUCAAGAGUAAGUCUGAUGGACCUGCCGGCAGUCAGUCUCACAAUCUCUGUAUGUUUUGUGGUGGUAAGUCCCAUACCCGCGACCGCUGUCCUGCUCGGGAUGUUACCUGCCGCAGCUGCUCCAAGAAAGGCCAUUACGCCCGUGUGUGUCGCUCAUCCAAGAAGGGGUCACACUCAUCUUCCAAGCAAUCCAGUAGCUCUGGUGCACAUUCUCUGGCCACACAGGACGACCCGGGUGUGACUGAGGAUUGGGCCUACUUGGAUUUAGAUAGUAUCGCAUCAGGCAGCAGUCCAUGGAUGUGUGAUCUGCUGUUGUACGGGAAGUCCGUACCGUUCAAGAUUGACACUGGAGCGGAUAUCACUGUGAUUACUCCAGCAACUUACGAAUCCCUCAAGUCACCACCGCCUCUGAGCUCUCCUACAACACGGUUGACAGGAGCCAAUGGUGAUCGCAUCGACUGCAAAGGCACAUUCAGUGCAACUUUGUCCAGCCCAAAGCUCAGUUCCUCGCAGCACCAGCUGGAGAUUCACGUUCUGACACGGGGCAAGUCCAACCUCCUGAGUCGCGAAGCCUCGCUAGCAAUGGGUUUUGUGUUCAAAGGCAUCUCAGAAGCGAAGCAGCCACCUCUUGGACGCAUGCUGGGUGAGCCCGUCAAGAUCGCUCUGAGGCCUGAUGCCGUUCCGUACCAGUGCUCAACAGCUCGUCGCGUGCCGAUUCCGAUCCUGCCGAAGGUCAAAGCAGAGCUUGUCCGCAUGGAAGCUGCCGAUGUCAUUACAAAGAUAACAGAGCCUACGGACUGGUGCGCACCCAUGGUACCCGUUGCCAAAAAGAACGGCGACGUCCGGAUAUGCGUGGAUCUGCGACGUCUGAAUGCUUCGGUCAGGCGCGAAACCUUCAUCCUGCCCACCGUCAACGAGACAUUAGCGAAGCUGAGUGGUGCAACAUGCUUCACCACCCUGGAUGCAGCGAAAGGUUUCUGGCAGGUGCCGCUUGAUGCCGAAACAGCUAAGCUCACCACGUUCAUCACGCCAUUCGGACGUUACUACUUCCGUCGACUUCCGUUUGGCAUAACAUCGGCGCCAGAAAUAUUCCAGCGCAAGUUAAUGCAAUACCUGGAUGGCCUUCCAGGGGUGUGCGUCUUCAUGGACGACAUCCUGGUCUUUGGUGCGACAGUCGAGGAGCACGAUGCUACCUUGGAGAAGGUCCGAUCAAUCCUGCGCAAUGUUGGUGUUGCCCUUAACCCCGACAAGGAACAUGUUCGCCAAUCGUCAGUUGAGUUCUUGGGCCAUGUCGUCUCCGCUGAUGGAGUCAGCCCCAGUCAGCAGCGCCUCGCCGCUAUCUCCGAGCUCCAGGCACCAGCCGAUCUCCCUGCGCUACGUCGCGUGCUGGGUAUAUUUAAUUAUCUCAGCAAGUUUCUGCCGGAAAUGGCCACUGUCUCUCAGCCGCUCCGAUUGCUCCUCCGCGCUGACACAGUGUGGUGUUGGGAUGCUCCCCAAGAAGAAGCUUUCCAACGACUCAAACAACUCGCGAGCCAGUCUCCUUGCCUAGCAUUCUACGACGUCUCUAAGCCAACUCUUCUGCGAGUUGACGCCAGUGGCUAUGGUCUGGGAGCUGUUCUCCUCCAGCAGCAGUCAGCUGGUUGGCAACCUGUCGCGUACGCCUCCCGAUCUCUCAGCGACGCCGAGCGCAACUAUGCGCAGAUUGAAAAAGAAUGUCUAGCCAUCGUCUGGGGAUGUGAGUACUUCGCCCAGUAUCUCGUUGGUAGCAAGCCAUUCACGGUGCAUACUGACCAUAAGCCCUUGGUUCCCCUGGUAAACAGCCGUGAUCUAGAUCGAGUGCCACUUCGUUGCCAGCGUCUGCUACUUCGACUGGCUCGUUUCGACGUCACUGCCGAACAUGUCCCCGGCCGUGAUCUCGUUGUGGCCGAUGCUCUCUCUCGAGCACCACUACCUACCACCGUCUCUACCUCGUCUGUUCUGACUGACGAGAUCGCUUCUCUUGCCAAUUCAGCUGGCGAAGAGUACAUGUCGUCUGGAUUCUCGCUUGCCCUACGAGAUGCCACCCAGGCUGACCGCGUCCUGCAGCAAGUUGCUAAGUUUAUUCAGUCUGGCUGGCCUGAUCACAGCAAGGACGUCCCUGCUGACAUCCUCCCAUACUUUGCCGCCCGCCAGCAUCUCUCUGUUGCCAACGGUCGUAUCUUCUAUGGUGCACGUGUGGUUGUGCCUGCAUCUCUGCGUGAUAUGGUCAUCCGCAAGCUGCACACGUCUGCUCAUCACGGUAUCGUCAAGUGCCAGGCGCAGGCCCGCCAAUCUGUCUGGUGGCCGUCCUGGAAGAAUGACGUCGCUUCUGCUGUUACGCAAUGUCGCACAUGCUGUCAGCACCGUAGCCAACCUCCUGAACCUCUCCGACCGACUGAGUUUCCUUCACUCCCGUGGCAGCGAGUUGGUUCUGACCUGUGUCAAUUCGGUAACACAACAUACCUGGUGGUUGUCGACUACUACUCGCGCUAUGUUGAAGCCUUGCCUCUCCGUUCCACCACGUCUGCCUCUGUCAUCACUGCUAUGAAAGCCAUCUUCGCCCGGCACGGUGUGCCUGAGACUCUCGUCACGGACAAUGGGCCGCAGUAUGCAAGUGAUGAGUUCGCCCGGUUUAGCUGUCAAUGGAACUUUGAUCACGUGACGAGCUCUCCGCAUCACCCGCAAAGCAAUGGGGAAGCAGAGCGUGCAGUACGCACUAUCAAGCAGCUUCUAGCAAAGUCGGACGACUUCCAACUGGCUCUCCUCACCUACCGUAGUACGCCACUUCAGAGCGGGUUCUCGCCAUCACAGUUACUGAUGUGCCGCAGCCUCCGUGGUACGCUACCGGUGGAACCCUCCACUCUUCUGCCGACGCUCCCUGCAGGUGAGAAGCUGAGGGAGUGGGAGCAACAUCGCCGAGCACAGUCAAAGGAUAACUUUGAUACACGUCACCGGACCAAGCCUCUCCAGCCCCUGCAGCCAGGUGAUAGCGUGUGGAUUGCAGAUCAGCAGAGAGAAGGGACUGUUAAGUCAUCACUGUCCGAUCGGUCUCUGCUGAUUGCAGUACCCAGCGGCACGAUCCGUCGCAACCGGCAUCAGCUGCGUUUCCUGCCCGCUAGCCCACCGGAGUCUGUUGAGAUUCCCAAUAGUCCUCCAGCACCCGGCCGGCCGCAGCGUGCCCGACAUGCCCCCAGUCGCCUCAUUGAAGAGAUUUGA